AUGAUUGAGGUCAUAGAAUUAAAUAAUGAAAAAGAUAAUAAAAAUAUUAAUAAUGAAAUAAUAAAACAUGAUAAUUAUAAUAAUAAUAAUAAUAAUAAUAAUAAUAAUAAUAAUUUAAUAAUAAUAAAUGAAAAUAAUAAUAGUAUUUCAUAUUAUAAUUUUUUAAAUCCAUUAUUUAAAAAUAAACCAAUUUGUUAUAUAAAAAUUGAAAAUUCAAAUCAAUUAAAAGAUUCAUUAAAUUAUGCAAAGAAUAUUAUUAAAAAAAGGGUAUCAAUUAGAUCUGGUGGUCAUUCAUGUUGUAAUUUUUCAAUUUUAAAUGAUACUGUUAAUUUAGAUAUGAGUGGAUUAAAAGAAUGUAAAAUUGAUUUAAUUAAUAAAACUGCAAUUGUACAAUGUGGUGUAACUUUUUUAGAGUACUAUAAAGAGACAUCAAAGUAUUUAUUAGGCGGGCCAGGUGGAUCAUGUCCGUCAGUUUGCAUGGGUGGAUUGGCGUUGGGUGGGGGGUCAAAUCCGUUGUCAAUAAAACAUGGCUAUUUAUUGGACAAUAUUUUAGAGAUUACUAUUUUAUUAGAAAAUGGGAAAUUGGUUAAAUCAAACCCAACAAAUCAAUACUCUGAUUUAUUCUGGGCAUUACGGGGUGCUGGUCAUUGUAGUUAUGGUAUUGCAUUGGAUUUUAAAAUCCAAUUAUACGAUAUCCAACCACACUAUUACCAUAACUCUGCUGAAUUGUCAUUUGAUUCAAUCAUUGAAUCGAAUGAAAUCAUUGAUGAGUAUAUGAAAACUACAAAAUUGAAAAAUAAUGUUUAUAUUGGUUUAGAUUAUAGAAUUACAAUUAAAUCAAAAAGGAUAAUAAAUACAUUAAUUUUCUUUUUUAUUGGUGAUUUAGAAGAGGGGGAAAACGAAUUUAAAAAAUUAUUACAAUUAUUAAAAUCACCUGUAAAGGUGGUUGAAAUUAGUUUUGAAAAAGUUAAAAAAACAUUUUUAGAAAUUGUUGAACGUGUACCAUAUUCAAAUAAAACUAGAAGAUCUUUUACAAAAUGUAGAUUCUCAAAGGAUUUGAGUAACCAAAAAUCAAUGGCAUUAAAAGAGAUAAUGGAAAUGGCACCUAUUAUAAUCAAUAACAUGAAAGAACCUGACGCAAUCGCUAAUUUCAGUUCAACAAUUUAUUAUCAUGGUGGUAUUCAAAAUCAGUUAUCAAAAGAUAAUUGCUCAUUUAUUCACAGAGGUGAUGAUUGUACUUGGAGUUAUACUUUUAUUUGUUUAUAUACAAAAGAAAUUAAUGAUGAAAUAUUUAAAGAAUGGAAAUUAAAAAUUAAUUCAUCUCUUAAUAUUUUUGGAAAUCAAAUUUAUCAAAAUUAUCCAGAUGAUGAAUGUUCAAAUUGGCAAUUUGCAUAUUAUGGAAAUCAUUAUCAAAAAUUACAACAAAUUAAACAAAAAUAUGAUCCAAAUAAUUAUUUUAAAUAUCAACAAUCAAUUGAAUUACCUCUUUAUUAA